AUUCUCUAACGUAAUCUCCCUAUCAACCUUUCAAAAUGUGUGACGAAGAAGUAGCAGCACUCGUUGUCGACAAUGGAUCUGGUAUGUGCAAAGCUGGUUUUGCUGGAGAUGAUGCUCCACGAGCUGUUUUCCCCUCCAUCGUCGGUCGCCCCAGGCAUCAGGGUGUCAUGGUCGGUAUGGGACAAAAAGACAGUUACGUUGGAGAUGAAGCCCAAUCCAAAAGAGGUAUCCUCACCUUGAAAUACCCCAUUGAACACGGUAUUGUCACAAACUGGGAUGACAUGGAAAAGAUCUGGCAUCACACUUUCUACAAUGAGCUCCGAGUUGCCCCAGAAGAGCACCCAGUCCUCCUCACGGAAGCCCCUCUUAACCCCAAGGCCAACAGAGAAAAGAUGACCCAGAUCAUGUUUGAAACAUUCAACACACCCGCCAUGUACGUUGCUAUCCAAGCUGUCCUCUCUCUGUACGCUUCUGGUCGUACCACCGGUAUCGUGCUUGACUCUGGAGAUGGUGUUUCCCACACAGUCCCAAUCUAUGAAGGUUAUGCUUUACCUCAUGCUAUCCUUCGUUUGGACUUGGCUGGUCGCGACUUGACCGACUACCUCAUGAAAAUUCUCACAGAAAGAGGAUACAGUUUCACAACCACAGCUGAAAGAGAAAUUGUCCGUGAUAUCAAAGAAAAAUUAUGUUAUGUAGCAUUAGACUUUGAACAAGAAAUGGCCACUGCUGCCUCCUCCAGCUCCCUAGAAAAAUCCUACGAAUUGCCCGAUGGUCAAGUUAUCACAAUCGGAAAUGAAAGGUUCCGUUGCCCAGAAGCCCUGUUCCAGCCAUCGUUCUUAGGUAUGGAAGCAUGCGGUAUCCACGAAACUACUUACAACUCAAUAAUGAAGUGUGAUGUUGAUAUCCGUAAGGACCUGUAUGCCAACACUGUUCUCUCAGGAGGUACCACCAUGUACCCAGGAAUCGCCGACAGGAUGCAAAAGGAAAUCACGGCUCUUGCACCAUCUACCAUGAAAAUCAAAAUCAUUGCCCCACCCGAAAGGAAAUACUCCGUAUGGAUCGGUGGUUCCAUCUUGGCCUCCCUCUCCACCUUCCAACAGAUGUGGAUCUCAAAACAGGAGUACGACGAAUCCGGCCCAUCCAUUGUUCACAGGAAAUGUUUCUAAGUUAUUGUAUUAUUGUGUAUUUCGGUUAUCGAUUCCCACGCUUGGUCCAUACCACCAUCUCGAGUGUUUUGUUAGUGACACUAAGACCACUAGACGCAGAUGCUAUUCAUCGCGAGUCACUUUUGUAUUAUAUGUUUUAGUGAUUUUUUCAAUUGUUUAUUAUCAUCUCGUCCCCUCCCUCCUCCCUAUUUUUAUUUUUCUCCUCCCACGUGUAUUUUCUAAACUGCCUUCAUCUUUUUUAUUUAUUUUUUAUUUAUCAUUUCUAUCUCUACUUCUACCUGUUUAAAGACUUGAAAAGAUUACUCAAAGAUUUCAUUCCAUUUUUCUUUUUUCCAUUAUAACUUCCAUUUUGUUAUUUAUUGUAGAAAGAACAAAAGCGCUAUUUUAUUAAGAUUUUUAUUAAUAUUUUUAUUAUUUAUAAGAUUUUUAGUCUUACCUUAAUUUAUGAAUUCCAUUCAAGUCCUUUUUUCGGAAACUGUUUUUAACAAAUGUGUGUACACAUCUAGGAAAUGAAAAGCCAUGAAAUCAAUGUAAAAGUAAUUUUUUCUAGACUUGUUCUUUGAAAGGAAUUGUCUAGCCCAAUCAGGGCCUUUGUUACAUCUCAUGAAGGUUCAAUAAAAUGAACAAUAGUCUGAAAAGAAA